UCAAUCUAGAGACACCAAGAGAAUCAUUAUGGGAGCAGCUGAGCGCAUGGGCGUGCGGACGUGGGUGGUUGUGGUGAUGGUAGUGGUGGGCGUGUGGGUGGAGAGCUGUAAGGGUGAACACCAUCGUUCACACAACACCAGACAUACGCCCAUCAGACGUGAGAAAGCAAAGACAACCUCUGACAGGGAAUUCGGAGAAAUGACGGAACUGGGGCGAAUGUUCCUAAGAUGUUCUAAGCGUCGCGUGGUAAGAACGAGGAGUUGGGGCAGGGGCAAGAAGAACUGCAAGAGGCUAAGUGGCAGCAGAACCUCUCCAGGAGUCCGAACAGCCACUGGUAAGAACAAAUCAAGCCAGCGCCGCCGUCUUGAUUCCUCACGACAGAACUGGAGGAGGAAGCUCAAGCAUAGGAUAAGGAAGAGACCAAAGAAAAGGAAGAUUGUGGGUGCGUGUGGAGGAACGUACGUCCUGGGUGCUGGAGAUGAGGUCAAGUUUAAGCUGCCAAGGUCCUCCACCUUCUGCGAAAUGAUCUUCACGCCCCAGUUAGGGUCAUCACUCUCCUUCAGCUGCAAGAUCUUCAGAACGGCCCGCUGCAGCAGGGAGUUCCUCCACCUCACUGACGGCAUCUCAACUUCCAUCACGUCGUGUGAUCGCCUGCCUCCCAGGCCCAUGACAGCUCUCUCUCAGUUGUACUUGUUAUACGAGAGGCGGAGGAAGAAAGCUAAGAAGUCCAGGAUUGUUUGUCUCAUCAACGCCCAAGGCAGCAACGAUGGAGUGUUUGCAGACAGUGGUGGUGAUGGUGGUGGUGGUGGAGGAAGUAGUGGUGGUGAUGGUGGUGGUGAUGGUGAUGGUCUGGACACAGCACAGGGUCACCAGGCUCCAGGUUGCGCAUCAAUGUGUGGUGCAGCUCCCUCUGAUGCUGGGGUGACUCGCAUCGUGGGAGGAGGUGAGGCUCAGCCUGGGGAGUAUCCCUGGAUGCUCAUGCUUAAGAUCAAUGAUGGAAGAUCUCCUAAACAGUGUGGUGGAGCACUCAUCACUAGGAAAGAGGCCCUCACUGCUGCUCAUUGUCUCAACUUCGAAAACUUGAAGGUGACCGUGAUAGCCGGCCAACAUGAUGUCAACAAUGACGGAACAACACAGGUCGUAGGAGUUCAGAAGAUGACUGUACACCCAGAUUUCGACCCCAUGACCUUGGCGAACGACAUAGCGGUGAUAACUCUGGAAGAGGAAGUGACCUGGAACCAGCGUGUGGGACCUGUGUGUCUGUCUCCACCCAGGGACUACCAGGGUAACACUGCUGUAGUCUCGGGCUGGGGAACCCUCACCUACCUGGGGAGUCAGCCAGAGUCGCUGCAGGAGGUGGCUGUGCAGGUCACCUCUCACCAGGAGUGUGAGACCAGCUACAAACAGUCAUCCAUCACUAUCUUAGAUACUCACGUGUGCGCAGCUGCUCCGGGUAUGGACGCUUGUCAGGGAGACUCAGGAGGUCCUCUAGUCAUGCUCACCGGCGGUAUCUGGUACCAGAUAGGUAUCGUGAGUUAUGGCAUCGGGUGUGCCAAGCCAGAAUACCCUGGCGUGUACACCAGCGUCUCUUCCUACGUACCUUGGAUCCUGGACCAGAUCACCAGCUCCUGCUAGUCUCUACCUUCCUUGGGGAAAGACUGCGUGCCCUGUCGGACUCCUGCGUGCCCUGUCGGACUCCUGCAUGCCCUGUCGGACUUCUGCAUGCCCUGUCGGGCUCCUGCAUGCCCUGUCGGACUCCUGCGUGUCCUGUCGGACUCCCGCAUGCCCUGUCGGCCUCCUGCAUUCCCUGUCGGACUCCUGCAUUCCCUGUCGGACUUCCGUGUGCCCUGUAUGACUCCCGCGUGCCCUGUAUGACUCCCGCGUGCCCUGUAUGACUCCCGCAUGCCCUAUAUGACUCCCACGUGCCCUGUAUGACUCCCGCGUGCCCUAUAUGACUCCCGUGUGCCCUGUAUGACUCCCUUGUGCCCUGUAUGACUCCCGUGUGCCCUGUAUGACUCCCUUGUGCCCUGUAUGGCCACUGUGCACAUAUCCUGUGCUGUUAUAUCUGAUAAAAAAUACUUCUCUCUAGCCUCUCCAUUUAUUUGGUCAUUUUUUAAAACGAUAUUUGACACAUAAAUUGGCAAAUAUUGAAAGGUCAAUGUAGAAUGUUAUGUCGACCACGAAGAGCGUAUCUUUCUAUUUUUCUGGCCAAGGCUUUUGUUAAUAUUAUAACUUGUAUACAGCUGUAGAUUCAUGUGACUCACGAAAUCGUAAUGACACGAUUGCAA